AGAAGGAGGGGGAUUCUAGUCUUUUACUCCAGAUUAACCAGUCGAGAAGAUGUCAGACGUGACGGAUUCAGCCUCAGCCCUCGACGAGAUCAAGAAAAUGCUGAAAGAUCUCUCCGAAAAGACCGACCAGCAACAACUCGCGACCACUACUUUGUCUGAGAAGUUUUCAGCAUUCGAAGAACAAAGCACCAGUCAAAUCGCAGUCCUCACGGCAAGUUGUUCCGAAAUCAGGUCAGCCCACAAUGCUUAUGCCGAUCGGGUUGAUACUAUUCUUGCAGGAACCUUGCGAACCAGCGGACCUCGCGGGCAUCUGGAUUUUCACAAUCCAAACACUUCGGAAGUUCAAGAUCCUAGACUUGUCACCCCUAGCAGUGCGCUCCCGGCUUCGUUACCUCUGGGUUCUCAAAGCGAGCCUGGAGGAGGAUCUAGUUUUCCACAAGCACCUCAAAAUCCAGCCAGCGAUUCGUUCGCUCUGGUCAGAACACCUUUUCCUGUCCAUCCGGAGAGUACCCCGCGUCACCCCCAAACCGGAUUCAAUCUACCUCGACUCCCGGUCAGCCCGGAAAUCCAGAACCUGCAGAAUCAGAUCCGGGAAAUGAAUUCGAAGGUUCAUCAAGCCACCAGCUCGGCUCCCGAAGUCGAUAGAGUGAUCGAGGAGACAAGAAGGACUCCUUUUACUCCACGGAUUGCAGCCCUGCGAAUUCAAGACCAAAGGAAGGUCAAACUUCCGGGGUACAACGGUAAGGGAGACCCCAAAGAAUUUUUAACGUCUUUUCAGGUUACCGCAGGGCGCGUACACCUGGAGCCAAAUGAAGUAGACGCGGGUUUAUGCAAACUCUUCGCUGAGAACCUGUCCGGGCCGGCUUUGACCUGGUUCACUCAAUUAGAAGAGGGAUCUAUCGAUAGCUUCAAGCAGCUAUCCACUGCUUUCAUUAUGCAGUACGGAUACUUCAUCAAGAGCGAUGUAACUGAUGCACAGUUAUGGAACCUCUCGCAAGGAGCUGGAGAGCCACUCCGGACUUACAUCACGUCCUUUAAAGAGAUUAUGGUUCAGAUCCCAAAUCUGUCUGAUUCCGCAGCUAUUGCUGCACUCAAGAACGGUCUCUGGCAUGAAUCUCGUUUCCGAGAAGAAUUGACUGUUAACCGACCAGCCACUAUUCAGGACGCUCUUCAUCGGGCAACGAACUGGAUAAACGCGGAGGAAGAGCGAGCUGCUCUAGCCAAAAAGUUUAAAGCUGCCCCGAAGCCCGCUCAGCUUCCUCCGCAGAAGAAACCUGUUCAAGCCGAAGCUCGCAAACCCGGAGCGGGAACAUUUUCAGUAGACCGGGAAGAGCCGAAAAAUUCUCCGAAGAAUUCACCUGCGAAGCAAUCCUUCUCGCCCAAGAACAAAAAUGGCGCAUUCCCGAGUAACAAGUGGAUCCGUGAUCCAAACGCCUACUGCGAAAUCCACAAAGUUAAUGGACAUGCUACGAAAGAUUGCAAAGCUUUAGGAAGACUGCUGGCUGCUAAGUUCGCAUCUGGUGAAAUAUCUGAAAUUGAUGUUUCGGAGCUCGAGUCAGCUCAUCCGUCAGAGCAAACAGUUGAGCCAGAGGUGUCCUCUCCCCCUAAUAAGAAAUCGAAGAGGAUCCAAUCUCCGGAUAUUCCGAAAGGACCAAAAAAGCAAAUCCAGGUGAUUAUGGGGGGAUCCAAGCUUUUUCGAGACUCCAUUAGUGCGAUCAAGCAACACGAACGAAGAACAAACUCCCCAGUACUCAAGAAAACAAGAGUCAUUGAGGAGCAGUUACCCGAGAUAACCUUCUCCGAAAGCGAAACGAGUCAACUUGACAAACCGCACGAUGAUGCUCUGGUCAUAACACUUGAUAUUGCGCAUUGCGAAGUAUCACGAGUUCUCAUUGAUACUGGGAGUUCGGUGGAUUUAAUCUUCCUUGAUACCCUGACAAGAAUGGGGAUAUCAAAGCAAAGUAUAAAGGGGCCACCAUCUCCUUUGGUUUCCUUUACCAGUGAAACUUCAAUGGACGCCUUGGCUCUAUGAAAUGAAAGCUGUACCCUCGA